AUUUGCAGACAUACCGGUUUUUUUUAAAUUAUAUUCUAAGAAAGGGAGAUCUAGAUAUCUAGCUAGUAGUUUGACAACAGUGUGCUGUAUGCUGGAGUUAGGUAGCCAACACUCUGCUGUUAAAGAGGCCUAGCUGUUGUAACAUAACUCUGCGUUACUUCCGGAAGGAAGCUGUUGUCUGCCUUACUUUCUAAUACUACGUGGACUCGAGGUUUCACGGUGGUAAAUAAAGCACGGCAAAAUGCCUAAACAAAAUGAAUUAAUCGACAAAGCUGAAGAUGUUGCUGAUCAGGUCUUGCGUUACUCCAAGCAUGUUCUUCCCCAUUUAGCCAGGUUCUGUCUCAUAAGCACAUUUUUGGAGGAUGGCAUUCGAAUGUGGACUCAGUGGAAUGAGCAGAGAGAUUAUAUGAAUGUAUCUUGGUCUUGUGGGGCUUUUCUAGCCACCAUGUUUGUUAUCACAAAUUUGCUUGGUCAGAUAGUUGGAUGCGUUAUGGUCCUUAGCCGCCAGAAAGUACCUAUUGCUUGUGGUAUUCUUUUUGGAAUAAUUGCUUUACAGACUGUUGCCUACAGUAUAAUUUGGGAUAUCAAAUUUUUAAUGAGGAAUCUGGCUUUAGCAGGUGGUGUACUGCUGCUGCUAGCUGAAAAUAAAGCUGAAGGAAAAUCAUUAUUUGCUGGACUUCCUUCACUAGGAGAGAAUAAUCCAAAGCAGUACAUGCAGCUGAGUGGAAGAAUUCUCUUGGUCCUUAUGUUUCUCACACUUUUACGUUUUGAAAUGUCUGUUAUGCAGAUUAUUCAGAACUUGAUAGGAACAACUCUGAUCAUCUGCAUUGCCAUUGGUUUCAAAACAAAACUCUCUGCCCUCGUUUUGGUACUCUGGUUGACAUGUCUCAAUGUUUACUUCAAUGCCUGGUGGAACAUUCCAGACUAUAGACCCAUGCGUGACUUCCUUAAGUAUGACUUCUUCCAGACUAUGUCAGUUAUCGGCGGUCUCCUUCUAGUGGUAGCAUUUGGACCUGGAGGUGUAAGCAUGGAUGAACAUAAAAAGAAAUGGUAACAUAGAUCAUUUAAUGAAGCUCACAUACUAGGAACACUUAUAUAAAUAUCAAUAGCAUGAUAAAGUAUUUUUAGUUUACAUUUUAAAGUAAAAAAAUUGAUUUACAAAAAUCAAAUUUUUAACUUUGUAACUUUACUGUUGUUAUGAAGAUAAACUAAGAGGAAAUUGUUAAACUUUACACGAAUAAUGUAUAACUGCAUUACAGAGAGAAUGACAAAAAUACCAACCCACAUUUUUUGAACAGAUGAAAUGUUUUAAUCUUUAAUUGUUUGGCAGUUUGCCAUCUUCAAAAAUGUAUAGAAGUCGUUAAAAUAUGUCUGUGUGGUUUUAGCUGUUUAAAACAUCUGUAGUUUCUUGUAAUUUUUAUUAAAAUGUAUUUUUUUUAAAUAGCCACAUUGGUUCCCUGUUAUAAUGUUAAGUCUUUUACCUUUAAUUUAUUAUCUUCUCUGAUAACACAAGUAAUUUUUCUCUCAUUGUAAUCUACCGUGAACAUUGGUUCUACUAGACUAGAUUUCAUUUUAGUACAAAACCCUUUUCACACACCUGAAAUGAACAUUAAAACCAGGGUGAAAUCUAAUACAAAGAUUAUUAUUGAAGUUGUUACAUAAAGUGGGUUUUGAUUUAAUGAAUUCAUCAAGAGUAAAUAC